AUGUUCCAAACCAUGGAGAUCUAUAUGGCCAGGAAGAAGAAGGUGCCAGAUCGCCUCUUGCAAAACACAUACAGGAUAUUUGAUGAAAAUCUAUUUGAUGUCAGCUUGGAUGAAAAUAGGAUCAAGCAUCCACCUUUAUUUCAGAAGUCUAAUAAUCUCCCACCACAUCCAAGAUCUCCAAACCGCAACAACAUGCCCCACCCAUACUACGCCAAGUUUAUCCAAGACAAUGUCAGGUUUGGGAAUGAGCCUAUAACCUUCAUAGGAACAGCUAGCACCAAAAACAAACAGACAGAGUGGUGGCCAAUGACAGAGAAAAAUGCACUGCUUCACACAACCAUCUUACGACCGGACAACCACCCAAAGGAGUAACUUCUGUAACCCGACCUAUUCCAGCCACCAGACACGCCAUGGCUGCAACCCACACAAAACUCCUCUCCGAGGAAUAGUUCCACUCUCAUCUCCAAGAGGUAGAAAUCGGUUGCCGAAACUCUUCCAGGAAGAUAUUUCUUUCCUACAUCAAUAUGAUUCAAGAUUAACACCCAAUGAACCCAUUCGAGGCAAGCGUCAUGGAGGCUUUGUAUGGAGAGAGAUAAAAACAGAGUGUGGUCCAGGCAUUCCUCUGGGAACAAGGCCGGUCUUACAUGCCAUAGGGUCACAUGCACUCCAACAGCCACAAACAGAAAGAGGAAAUUCGAUGGAAAGCAGUAUGACCUCACCCAGUCCCUGCCUGCUUGGUUCCCAGCAGAUGUUGAAUUCUGAAGCUCACUUAUCAAAAACAGAACUGAGGGAGGCAGCCAAGACCAAUCCCAACAUGACAGCUAGAGAACAGAACAGCUCAAGCAGUUCUCAGACAUCCAGGAGAAUGGUGCUCUCUCCCAUUGGUGGAUUAGUGUCCAACCAGCCAAGUGUGAACCCCAAGUGA